AUGAUCAAGAUCAACCCCGUUAUAGUACAUAUCCUUCUCAGCCUCGUGCUGCUUGGAAUCGCCAUCGGCGUCCACAUCCACGCCUCAUCCUUAUCCCUCCCCAUCUCGCCCGCUGUCUCCGUCCUUACCAUCCUCCUCCCCGUUUCCGGCUUUCUAAUCAACAUGUUCUACUCUCGCCACGGUCCGAUUUUGUCUUCCUCCUCCAAUCGAGUCCCCAAGCUCGCCCCCUUGAUCGUCCAAGUCCUUCAAGGCCUCGCAACAACCAUCCUCGCGACCAUCCUCUUCGAGACGAUCCUGCCUUCCUCCACUUUGGACUGCAUGCUCGAAACACAGUGGUUGCACAUGUUUCGCUCCCACGACGCUCACGGAAUACAAAGUAUUCAAGAUGCGUACGACUGCUGUGGACUAAACACGGUUAAGGAUCGGGCCUAUCCGUUUCCCCCAGGGGAUGCGGACAGAUGCGUCAAGAGGUAUGAGCGGGAUGUCGCUUGCAAAGGACCAUGGAGGGGAGCACUUCAGAAGACUUCAGGCAUGGACUUGAUUGUUGUGCUAGCGGCCGGUCUUAUACAGGAUGGCAUGGGCUCAUGGAAUUCCUGGCCCAAGUAUCAUCGAGGUCAGACAGAAGACCACCAUGAGACCCGUCGCUCUCUAUUGCCGGGGCCAGAGAGAUCCAUCGUGGAAGAAGAAGAGACUCCAUCAGAGCGGCCAAACAAGGGGAAAGGGGCACAGGGGUAUGGAAGCCUAACUGAGAAUGGCUCUGGUUCACGAGUUGUGCCAUCGGGUCUCCCAGAGCACAACAACUGGUCUGACUGA